AUGUUGGCCAGUGCAGGGGCCAACGACUACGGCCAACUACUCAAGCCGGAAGAGCUCUCUGCUGCCGGUGGCUCCAACAUAACCGAAAGCCCCGGCUAUCUGACUGAGAAGCUCCCCAGCACGCGCGACCAGCACGAGGACAAGAGUUUGACGCCCUGGCUCCAACAAGGGGAAUUCGCCAGCUGUCACCGUGCCACCAGUCUUCAGCAUGUCUCCGACCCAGGCACGGCUCCAAGAGCUCCCUUAUCUAGUUCUUCUCGACGUCACAUACUUUGCCUGCUGCGACUGGAAGAACUCUGUGCCUUGGUCCAUUCAUCUUCCGUUUUUCAUCAGCAGUAUCUACUGGACCGCAAGUACCUGCUCUGGACGUCCUUCACAAACACGCUCCAGGGUCUCUCGGUCGAUGCAUUCGCCGUCUACCGCUCUGACUCAGCCGAAUUCUCAGGCACCCGGUCCAAUGCCAUCGUUGCGAAAUUCCUCUCUACCUAUCGGGAUCAGCGUGACUCGAACCAAGAUUUCAUCGCAGCCGAGAGGCCUAGCGAGGAUGAGGCUGUCGCCAUGGUUUACUUCUUCUUCUCUAUUAGGAAACCCCUCGUCGGCUACUACGCUCGGUGGACAAAGGCCAAGCUCGCUGACGAGGCCGGUGGCUCCCUGUGCUGUGACCUUUUCGGCUUGGGCUCAAGCCAUGUACACUUGCCAUUCUGGUUCAAGUCCACCUCUUUGAAUAUUUGGGACACAUUUCUUUACUUGUUCCCCCCUUGGGAGGUUGAGGAAGUGGCCUGCAUUUACACCUUUGCCGAAAUGGAAUAUGGGCAUAUCUUUGAUAGUAUCCGCUGGGACGUGCACGAAACAAAUCCCAAAUUCGACGGUCAAAGGCCGCCGACACCAGAUGGCGCAUUCGACCUAGAUAAUAGCUGGAUGAGAGACGGCCUCUUGACAGGGACAAUUUCCCGAGGCCUGAGGCUGUUGUAUGCUGUGCUUUUUAAGAUGACGAGCCAUGAGAGCCUCGUCCUCACAAUGCAGGAGUACAUGGCUCUCGCUCCGACUGCCUUCUUGGGCGAUAUCCUCAGUGAACGAGGACAAUACGAGCGACGCAACGAACGGCCUUCGAACAGAGACCGCAUACAGAAAAUUGCGAGAAAUUACCAUCCAUGGGGGACGGCAUGCUGGCUACUGGCACCCUAG